CAUGAAACUCCUCUCAAAACAUUUAUAAUGCACGGGUUGAUAAAUGCCUGUUAUUCUGCCUUUAAUUAAAUAUGCAAUCAUAAUUUAAUUCACCUGAUUGUAUUGCAAGCAAUAUUUAUAUCUGAACAUUUAUUUUGGGACGGUAGAUUGCUUUACGGCAUACGAGGGGGAGCUGUGACGGUCUUGGUAAUCUUGUACAUUGGUCAUUUGAAACUUGCUCGUGAGCGUUGUUAGAUGUAGAAAAUCAUCAACUAUUAGUUUUUUUUACCUUCCAAAAUCUGUUUAAUAUUUCAGUAAUAGUGCGCAGGUGCACAGGUCUGAUUACCGGGGAGCAAUAUUAGAAGAGAGAUGGACAAGGAGCCUGUAGGAUCGUCUAACCCGGGGUCAGGAGGAGGUGGAGGAGGAUUUGGCAGUUUAUUCAGAUCUACAGGUUCUGCUUAUUCAAAUUCCGAGCUCGCCGGUGUGCCUCUGUCUGGUAUGAGCCCUCUCUCACCUUAUCUCAAUGUGGACCCCAAAUAUCUUAUUCAGGAUGCAGAUGAGUUCAUAUUGCCCACUGGUGCCAACAAGACAAGAGGACGCUUUGAGCUGGCUUUCUUCACCAUUGGCUCCUGCUGUAUAUCAGGUGCACUCUUUGGAGCCGUCAAUGGAUUACGAAUGGGACUGACUGAAACUAGGAACAUGGCCUGGUCUAAACCUCGUAAUGUACAAAUAAUAAACCUGGUGACCCGUCAGGGAGCUACAUGGGCCAACACUCUGGGCUCAUUGGCUCUAUUAUACAGUGUAUUUGGUGUGAUCAUUGAAAAAACCAGAGGAGCAGAGGAUGAUCUCAACACCAUGGCUGCUGGCACAAUGACUGGCAUCCUCUACAAAUCCCCAGGGGGUCUGCGUGGAGCAGUUCGUGGAGGUGUGGUUGGUUUUGCAUUAUCAGGAUUGUACGCCUUGUACAACAACUGGGACCAUCUGAAAGGCAACUCCCCCACUCGCUACUGAGAAAAGAGGGUCAAGAGCAGACAUUCUGUGAGAUGUCAUAGCCUGGUAUAUGGGUCAGACCUAAAAAAACACUUUUUUUAAUUCUGAAUCUCUGCCUCUGAGAUUUAAACAACAUUACAACCUGCAAAUUUUUUCACUUAAUGCAAAUACUAUAUUUCACUUAGCUAUAAACAGCUGAUUCAUCUGUAGUUUAUGUUCUUGAUAGGCUUUUCUCAUGGGGUACAACUGAGUGCAAAACUUUCUUUUUAAAAAAAGCAUUUUCAUGCAAGUUGAGAAUAAGAAAUCAUGAAAUGAAUAAGUAAUGUUUGUAUAUAAACUGAAACUGUACUGUACAUUUGUCAUAUUUGAACCAGAAUCCCAGCAGAAUGUAAUCUUUCAGCUGUGUAAUUAUUUGCAAAAUGAAUUUUGGUUCCUGAUUUGUUGCACUGUGUCUUUAAGACUUGUUCUAAUUGCUUAUAAUAAUAACGUACUUAUUUUUCAUUCACUCUGAAUUGUAUAUGCUAAUAAAUAAAUAGUUAAUCCACAUAUAAAAGCCCAGGUUGUUGUUCAU